AUGGCGCGAAGCUGUGUCUGUCUAUUUGUGAUAACAGUUCUCUCUAUGUUUUCGCUUGUGGUGUGUAAACCAUUCCUAGGGGAUUUGCUUGCACGUGUGAUAGCAUCAUCCUCCACUCCCGAUGAUCCGCAGUCACACAUUACCGAUUUUCGGAUGCCUUCCAAAAUGGAUAUGAAAGCUGGAAAAUUAAAACAAAUGUCUGCCCAAGGCACAUCUCCGUCGAACCAAACAGAACCGUCUUUGAGUGAAUCACUUAGCGACCUCGAACUACCAGAUGAACGUCCGGAGAGUUCUAUCAUGACUCUCCCGGCAAGUAACCUGUGGCUGUCCUGGAACAGGACCAAGAUUCUGGCACAAAUCAUCGACGACAUCGUGAAACCGGUGCACGAACGGAUCAGUUUAGUGUUUCGUACAAUCGUCCCAAAAACUGGAACCACUGGGAACGAUUCGCAAACGAAUCGGAAGCUUGUAGAUUUGGAAAAACUUUUCACAAAUUCCACCGACGACAAUGAUUCGGAAGAACUCGCUUCGGAUCUGGAUCUACUGCACCCGGAGGGGAAUGAGCCCGCGCUUAUCGAUCCAUCGAUGAACGGAAGUACCCUGCUCAGCCAGUUUCAGGCACGACGCAACGUUCUGAGGCGACGCGUAGCGAAGGCACUAUCAUCCAUCACGGGGUUGCUGAUACUGGCGGCAAACUCCCGGAGGGAAUCGAAGCCCCGCACCCGACGGUCGCUCGAGUCAUCGACCGAAGGCGAGCCUCUACUGGGUGAUCGACCCGAAUUUCUUGAUGUUCAAAACGAGAUUGACACGGACGGCGAGGAAGAUCCAAAAGUGAUCAAAGUGGUGGAGACGGAAGAUGCUCCGAACGAUGCCUCCGAUACCACCCCCCGGCGAAAUGUCGAAACGCUGGGCAUAUUCAUACUGGAAGUGUUUGGCUCGAUCGCUGGAUUUUCUUGGGGUAUAUUUAAGCAAGUGCAAUCAUUAUUUUGGUAA